CAUGGGCAGCUUGUGUUUUGGACACUGUUUUAUAGCACGGCUGGGAGUCACACUGUUUGGGGGAGACAGAGGAGGUUGUAGUCAUUACAGUUCUGUCACUGUAGUUUUCCUCCUCUCACAGCGACUCCGCCCCGCCGCCGCUCUUCCCGGUACACUCCAGGGACGACGCUCAAUCUGGUUUUAGAUGCUAGACUUGCUGUCGCUUGUACGUGCCCGUUUCGCGCCGUCACAUAAAGUGUUAUAAAUUCACCUCUUUUUCUCGGAGGACUUUCGCGAGAGGCCCGAGGGAGGUUUCUUUGUUUCACGCGGAAUCAACGCUGACGAGCGAGGACAAUAUGCCUUUCGUUUGGGACUUGUUUGGACUUUUCCUCACAUACACCGUCACGUUAAUGGUGUUCACAGAUGGGUGUCCUCCACCAACAGACCUGACAUACAAGUGGCUGGACCCGUUUACUGUGAACGUGUCCUGGAAGAGUCCCAUGGGUCUGCCAGACAACACUACCAAGUACCAAAUUAUGGAUUACAAAAGAGAGCUGAGUCGGAUGCCCCACAGAAACGUCUCAAAGAGUUUACUCAUGGAAGAAGAGGGAAAGAGUUAUGAUCAUUGGACGUUCAACAUUCAGACUUUAAGCGAAGACUGUAAACCAACGAAUGAGAGCACACCCGCCAACAUAACCAUCUACCCCCGUAAGCCCCGAGCUGAACUGGUGAAGGACGUCAAAUGUUUCAUCUCCUCCAAAGGAAUGAACUGUUCCUGGAUCCCAACAAAUCCGUCUCUAACCCUGACCAUGUCCUAUAGGAUUUGUGGAAUUUUGGAAGAAAGUCUGAAAACUUUUAAGAAGUGUGAUCGGCCUUACAGCGAUGGAAAUGGUUGUGAGAUGAACAUUGGACCUCCCCAUGAUGAUGUCUGCAUCGUUGUGGAGACUGAAGCUGUAAUGAGCACCUUUAGAGCUGUACUUGUGGUACCCUCCCUAAAGCCGAACGUCACAGAAGAAGGAGACUACCUGAAACUGACCUGGGCACGGCCAGAGCACGGAAGCGAUCGAUGCUGGACAUACAAGAUCUGCUACACGUAUUGCAAUAAGCACGAAUGUCUGGAGCUGAACGAAAAGAAUACGAUGAAAAUCCCCUACGUUAAAAACUGCUUUUAUGAGUUCCGAAUCACAGCCAGGACUGAGAAACGUUGUGUCCUAAUGGUCAGCAACGGCAGUGAAGUUGUAACUUAUGGUACUCAUGUGCCCCCUGACUGGACACUGACUGUGGUGGCCAUUGUCAUCCCUAUCAUUCUGUCCGCCUGCAUCAUUCUGUCCUGCUACUGCUUCAGGAGGCACAUGGAAAUUAUUUGCCCCAACAUACCAGAUCCUUCAGCAAUAUUCAAGGAAAUGAUGAUGAACGGAAACAAAGAACAUAAGACUACAGCAAACAGUCUCUACAUACCGGUACCAGAACCCAUUGAACCCUGCAGAAUAACCCUUGUAACCGAAAGCAGUACCAUCCAGCAAAACUACUGACACAUGCAUGUACGCAGCAAUGCCUGCUGUGAAGCUGGACUUCCACUCAGGGCAAAUUCAUCAGGAACAUUGACACAGUAAUUUAACACCAGUUUGAAAAGCUUUGUUUUACUUCUGGUUGAAACUCUCAGGUGUGCUGCACGUCCGACCGGUGAGGUCAGGAGCGAACUCUAAACUCUGCACCUUUUACUGUCCUGACCUAAGUAUGUCAACCACCAGAGGUCAGCAAAUACAAGAUUUUCAGCAGCUAUUAAGUUACUCUCUGGGGUAGUGCAUAUGUAUGCUGCUGAGGCCUGUCAAGGACAGGAUACUGUAUCGUGGGAGCUUCCCAGCUAUGGACCCAGAAAUAGAAACAGGACCAGAGAAUCUGUCACAUCUGCGCUGUGCUGAUAUCCCCCUGUGAAGCACUGAGGAGGAAGAUGAAGAUUAAGGUGGGCUGUGUGUUUAGUUGGAUAGAACGGAGGACUGCCAGUGGACUAGCGGAGGCUGCAUUAACUGGGUACCGCAAGACCUGUAAGAGGAGCUGGUGUGCCCCUGAAUAUCUGCUGUACACAUUAAGAGAUCACAUCGAAAUAAGAAGAAGAGAAAUACUAAAAUGAGGCUCAUGCAUUGUCACAGCAUGAGUUGUUUGUAGGAAUGGUGAGCAAAUGUCGGGAUGACUGGCAUCAAAGCGGCUAGACAAUGGGCAGGAAGCAAUAAGCUAAAGUGGUACAAACUCAGUACAGACUGUACUUCUUACCACUGAGAGUGAUCCCAGGACUGCACAGGAAGCCAAGAGCUACAGUGGCUCUCCUCCUCCACACACAUCUUGUACCCCAAAUGAGCAAAACAAACUUGUCUAGUUUGCAUGGAUAAAAAAAAGACUGUCUUAUAAGGAACUGAUGGAGUGAGUGCAAGGCAGAUAGCUGCCAAUGCUGGAAAUCCUUUCAUCCAAUCCAAAAAACACAAAGAGACUCCAUUUAAAGUGUAAUGAAGCGGUAUGGCUGUGGUGUAAUUUUGAAUAUCUAAUGGAAAACAACUUAACAUGCAUGCAUGUCACAAGGAAUUCUACUGUUAAUUCACACAGGAAACUAACGGACCUGCAUUAAGUUUGCUGGCAGACACUGAUGACUCUAGAAGCUAAAUGUCUUGUAUAUUCUGGAUGAAAUAAUCUUCUUACAAUGGUUGAUCUGAUACGUCUCUGGAAAUCUGACCUGCUGUGGUGUUGAGAAGCAUUUCCUCCGUACAACUUACACCUCUUUGGAAAAAGAACAACAAUAGAGAACUGCGUAAACAUCUGAGCAUACAUUAGAGUGAUCUUGUCUGUCAGUCUGAUUCUGUGUAAUUUUAAGUGUACUUCCUCAACCACCAACACACCCAAAUGUAAAAUGCCAUAUCACCAUUAGUCACAGCCUCCUGCUUCCUUAAACUGAGGUUUAAUCUUAUUUUACAGUUUCGUUGCUUUGUUGAAUUUGCCAACACUGUUAGCUGAUUAUUUAUGAUUGUUACUGCUUUAACUGAGAAUAAAGAAAAAGAAAGAGAAA